UGAUUUGUGUGCGCGGCGCGUUCCCUGCGAGCCCGGAUCCGCCACGCAGCUGGAGGACGUCGGGAGGGGGUCUCUUGCCGUCUUGGUGGGGGGCGUUCCUUCGGCUGCGGCGCUCGAGCGUGUGUAGCCGUCCAGCCAGCAGCUAAGGCCCCUCGCCGCCGGCUCCUCGGUUCGCUCAGCUCCCGCACCGGAGAGCCGCGCGCGCCGCCAGCUCGGCGAGGGAUGGAGCAGACCGAGGUGCUAAAGCCGCGGACCCUGGCGGAUCUGAUCCGCAUCUUGCACCAGCUUUUCGCCGGCGAGGAGGUCAACGUGGAGGAGGUGCAGGCCGUCAUGGAAGCCUACGAGAGCGACCCCGCCGAGUGGGCAGUGUACGCCAAGUUCGACCAGUACAGGUAUACCCGAAAUCUUGUGGAUGAAGGAAAUGGAAAAUUUAAUCUAAUGAUUCUCUGUUGGGGUGAAGGACAUGGCAGCAGCAUCCAUGAUCACACUGACUCCCACUGCUUUCUGAAGAUGCUGCAGGGAAAUCUAAAGGAGACAUUAUUUGCCUGGCCUGACAAAAAAUCCAACGAGAUGAUCAAGAAGUCUGAAAGAAUCUUGAGAGAAAACCAGUGUGCCUACAUCAACGAUUCCAUUGGUUUACAUCGAGUAGAGAAUAUCAGCCAUACAGAGCCUGCCGUCAGCCUUCACUUGUACAGCCCGCCUUUUGAUACGUGCCACGCCUUUGAUCAAAGAACAGGACAUAAAAACAAAGUCACCAUGACAUUCCACAGCAAAUUUGGAAUCAGGAUUCCAUUUACAGUUUCAGGAUCCCUGGAGAACAACUAAGAAGCACCAAAUCCUCUAAGGUUUUACUCUAAGGUCUGCUAAAAGUUUUGCCUUGGACAGGGAGGCCUCCCCACCAUCUGCUGUCCAACAAUACACGUUUUACAAAGCCAAUACCCAGAUCUACUACAAAGCAGACGCUAAUUGUAAGGCAUUGAGCAAGCAAAUAGUGCCCUGAGCUACUGCAGAAGAAAAAUCCCACUAAAGGGAAAAUAAGCAUCGUAAUUGUAAGGGCCAAAUCAAGUACUCUCUUGGUUUUAUCCUCUAAAUUCAGGGGAACCACAGUGGGAAUGUCAAUGAAGGAUGCUUUUGGAAACGCUUUGGUCCCUGAACUGUAAUUAGCGAUAAAUAAAAACAAGAAACCACAGACAUCAAAUGCUCACCUUGCUACUUGGAGGACUAAAUGUAGAUGCCUUUAGUAUCCUUUGUAUGUUCUUAAUAUUUGCAGAGAAAUUUUUGGAUCUAUGGAUUUUAUUUUUCAGUCUUACUUUACAAAUUCCUGUCCUAUACGUAGUAAGGUAUUGUAGACAGAGAAAAACGUAAGGAACUUUGUCAUUGGUAACGAAAGGAAGGACAGAAGGUUUAGAAAAGUACACAUAUCCAAACACAAACCAGACCAAAAAACAUUAAACUCCUGUCUAAACGUGUGCAGCGGUCAUAGUCAAAGACUUUGUACUGCUCCUGAAAUCGCCAAAUAAUUUUAAUAAAACUGGAUUUGAAUACAA